AUGCUGCUCUCACGCCUUCAAGUGCCUGCUUUGACUGUUCCUACUCUCACCGCCAGUCGGACGAUUACAACCCCCCAUCGAUUGCUCUUCACAGCCUCAUGGCUAACCAAAGAUGUCGACUCCCGCCGUCCUGAACGAUCCCGCUCUCCUCAAGCCGGCCUCACCACCCCCGUUCCGGAGUCCGCCUCUUCAGCCAUUUCCUCCGCUUCACCGACUCCCUUCUAUUUCGCCGCCGGCUACGCAGGUUGGGCGAAGCGUCCUUCCCGGCCCUUUCCACCUCCCUUCUUCUCUCCACCGUCGGGAUCCUUCUCCGAUCCGCUUUCCACUCACAAUCGUUCCAUGGCCCGAGUUCGUGGCGAGAUGAUCCGCGGCGUGACCAACGGCGACGACGCGAUGCUCGUUUCUGAAACGCUCAUCGCUACGAAUGAUGGGGUUGGGGCUUGGGCGCAGAGAGAACGAGGCUUUGCGCCGCUGUGGUCGAGAUUGAUUGUGCAUUACUGKGCUUUGGCAGCCGAGAAGGAGGGAUAUGGAAGAGAAGGGAAGGGAGAGCCUAAGAUGGUGGAGUGGUUGGAGAAAGCAUAUGAGGAGACCAAGAGCACGUUGAGUGGGUCGAAUGAAUGGUUGGGGACGACGACUGCCAGUGGGGCAUUGUUGCAUUGGAAGGGCGAGGACAUGGUGGUGCAUGUCACUCAGUUGGGAGAUUGUAAGAUUCUGAUCGUGAGGCCUACGGAGAAUGGGAGAGGGGAGGUGCUCUUUGCCACGGAAGAGCAGUAUCACUACUUUGAUUGUCCGAGACAACUGGGGACCAACAGUCCGGAUACACCAAAGGGAAAUGCUGUAACCGAUAAGGUGGAUGUGCAGGAAGGAGAUGUUGUGUUGGCUCUCAGUGAUGGGGUCACGGACAAUCUGUGGGAAGAGGAGAUCUCAGAAUACGCAGUGACGGCGCUGAAGACGGCAGAGGAACGAUUUGGCAAUGAUGUGGACUUGUCAAGGGCGAUGAAGUUUGUGGCGCAAGAAGUUGUGCUUGCUGCGAGGAAGAUUGCUGAAGAUCCCUUUGCUGCCAGUCCUUUUAUGGAGAAGGCUGUCGAGGAAGGGUUGGCAAUUGAAGGGGGAAAGCUGGACGACAUAUCUGUGGUUGCUGCUCUUUGCAAGAGGCGAAAUGGAUGA